CAUGUUUCAUGAUUGCUUGGAGACUACAUUUAAGUGUUUUUAUGCCAAUAAUAAAUGGUGUUAAUUCAGCAAUUCAAAUUAAAAUGUCUUCGGUUUAUAACAAAGUAAAUACCGAAUUCCGGGCAGCGCACUCUCUUGCUUGGAUUGGAACCGCGUCCGGCUGGUCCGGCAGCCGACUUAUGGCACGCGUACAUAUAGCUGGUAUAUUUGGCAGCCUGCCCGGCAAACAAAUAUCAUAAACAUUUGCCCCACCGAGUGGGGAGAGUACUGAGAUCCGAGAUCGAGAAUCGGGCAUUUCGAGAGAAUUUCGCUGCGAUUGAGAAUAUUUUCGAAUGGAGGCGAUGGAGAGCUCGGAGUUCAGUCGGUCGAAGGAGCACGCCCUGGGCAGUCGCCAACUAGAAUUGGAAAAAAUAUUUAGAAAACCGUAAAGGGAAUAUUUUCGAAAUUCCCCAAAUAUCUGCGGCAUGUUCAAAGUGUCACAGGAGAUGCGUCUGAACACGCAGGCCGCCUCCGCCAGCUCCUCCUCCAGCCAGAGUGGCAGUGGGAGUGGCCUGGAGGGCCACAGCCCGGAGGAGGGCGGUAUUUUUGGACGCUACCAGCGGACGCCCGAUGCGGAUGCCUAUCCCUCGGAAACGCCGCGGGUUUAUGUGGCGCCCGAGCUGACCGAUGCCGGCAAGGUGCAGCUGCUCCACUUUCCCAGCGGAGCGGUGAGGGUGAACAGCUCGAUGGGCUUCAUCAUCAAGCGCAACGGGGUCAAGGGGAACUUCGAGGUGCGCGUCGAGGGUCCCAGUGGCCAACCCAUCCAGCCUGUCCACCAGCAGCAGUUGGACCCGGAGCGCUUCCAGAUCGAUUGCCAGUUGGCCGCCGGAGCGGGACUCUACAAGGUGCACAUCAAGUGCAACUCCGUAACCCUGCCCCGGUCGCCCUUCAUUAUCGUGGCCAUAGCAGGCGCUCCGGAGUGCAUCGAAGGAAAGCCCGUGAACACUUCAGUGCCCAUCCCGGAUUCGGAUGCCAGUAAAGUGCACAGCCGCGGACUGGGACUGACCCAUAUGAGUUUGGUGGAGCGCAACGAGUUCACCGUGGACUGCAGCCAGGCGGAGAGCAACGUGCUCCUGGUGGGCGUGCUGGGACAACGAGGUCCUUGCGAGGAGGUGGUGGUCAAGCACUUGGGGCGCAGCAUUCACAGGGUCACCUACCGGGUGUGCGACCCCGGAGACUAUGUCCUGGUGGUCAAGUGGGGGGAGCAGCACAUACCGGGCUCGCCGUUUAGACUAAGUGCCGAGUAGGAUAGCAAAUAAAUGUGUGCGUAUAAAUCAGCUGACCUUGAUCGGGCGCUACUGCCAUCCUCCUUCCCGGAGCCAAACGCCUCGCCUCGGGGCCAUGUGCACUCUAAUGAUGAUUACUGGAGCAUUACGGGUACCACGACCAGGGCCUUUGUUGCUUUCCCCGGCACUAAUGACGUUCGCAUUUGGGCGCUGAUGCUGUCUUCGCCUCACAACCUAAUGAUGAUGACCGGCAAAUAUAGGUAAGCUGUAAGCCAGAACAAAUAGUAAUGUCCACAGCUGCGUCUCAAGCAAUAGUGGCGAUGUUUCCACAAACUCAAAACCAACAUAUUCAAGCGAAUUUAACGAAUUUCUUAUAAUGUACUUGUAAUGUAUGUGUCAUAACAUAAGUUAAGUAAGUUCAUUAUUUUACACCUAAAACAUAAAUUAUAUAAUAAAUUAAAUAUAUUUGUUGCACAUUUUGAAACUCAAAAACUCUGUUUUUGCAAACUGUGCGAAAAAUGUUCGCCAAAAAACAAAGGUUUUAAUUUUCCACUCAAAAUAAUCCGUGUUUUAGGCGAAUUUUUUUUUAAUGGUCCAAAAAUAGAAUGCCCUACCUUGUUAAACUCGUAAUAAAAUUUACAAUUAAUUGGCUUUCACACCUUAAAAAUUGUAUUUUUGACAAAUUUCCGCAAAAAAUAACGAAUAAUUAUUAAUCUUAAUUUUAGACUCCAAAAAAUCAGUGUUUUGGGCGAAACAAAAAAAGUAAUGGUCCAAAAGUGGAAUGUCAUACAUGGUUGAACUCGUAAUGAUAUUUCCAAUCAAUUGGCAUUUACACCUAAAAAAUUUUAAUUUUGACCAAUUUUAGCAAAAAAUGAUGAUGCUACCCCUGGUAAAAAAGUCGAAAAUUUGAACAUUUUUUACUUGUUAGAAUCAGCAAGAUAAUGAUUGCAAUCAAUGAUGUGGUUUGUUAACUAUCCAAAACAGUGUGCCUUUUAGGUCAUCGACUAUUUUUGACCAAGAUACACCAAGAAAGGUCAAAGAAAAAAAUCGAUUUUUGGUAAAAAACGAAGGUCUUAUUUUCCACUAAAAAAUGUCGUAUUUAAUAUAAGUAAAAUAUGCUACAAAUAUGUUUGGCCGAAUCCCCAAAUGCUAUGAAAAUAAACG